CGACAGUUCGUUGAAAAGAGUCUUGUCAAGAAGGACACCAGAAUGAAUGAAUCAGAAUAAUAUAACCUAAUCAAUGUGUUUUCUCGGUGAUCAAACCGUUUUAUUUCGGAUACGACCUAUGCGACUGAGUGUCCAUUGAACGAAAUAUUCGUCAUUCGAAUACUGUCAAAAACGUCAAUAGAGAGAGAGAGAGAAAGAGAGAGAGUGCGAAAGAUAAAGAUGGCGAAUGAUCGGGAAGUGUUGAGAGAAAUAUGGGAGGGAAAAAUACCAGUUUGUUUCGAAUUGGACCCUGAAGAAGUUUGUGAACUACAGGCACCUGAUCCUUUUUAUUUGAUGGUGCCGAGGUUAAGUUAUUUUCCUCUGUGUACCGACAAAGUGCGUAAACACUUUAUGCGUCACAUACAACAAGAUAAACAGGAAAAUGAAAUGUGGCUCGAGUUCAACGGGACGCCGCUGAAGUGGCAUUUUCCUAUAGGAGUUUUGCUUGAUCUUUAUGCCGGCGACAUUCAAUUGCCAUGGAACAUAGUGGUCCGUUUUGACAAGUUUCCAGAAAGUGUCCUCAUGCACUGCGGCAGCAAAGAAGUUGUCGAAGCCCAUUUUCUGUCAUGCAUAAAAGAAGCAGAUGUGUUGAAGCACAGAGGUCAAGUGGUCUCAAGCAUGCAGAAGAAAGAUCAUAAUCAGCUUUGGCUGGGCCUGCUGAAUGACAAAUUUGAUCAGUUCUGGGCUGUGAAUCGGAGACUCAUGGAGACAACUAACAGCGAAGAGGGCUUCAAAUACAUUCCCUUUAGGUGUUAUACCAGUGAAGAUAAAUAUGUUCAAAAAUUGGUGAAACCUGUCAAUGAAGAGGGUCAGAGAAAAACCCUGAAACAUUUGUUAGAUGAAGUUUUUGGGGAGGAUAAUCAAGUACAAUUAAGAACUCAUGGAGUCUUACCACCGUUGGAAACACCGCUUCAAUGGCUUUCCGAGCACUUGAGCUAUCCAGACAAUUUUCUCCAUCUCUGUGUGAUAUCGUCAUAACGCAAUGGACUGAAAACAGACUGCGAGGUUUGUGGAAGAAGUGCGAAAAUUCUUCAAAUCACGCAGAAACCAAAACGCGUCGGAAAUUAUUUGCAAAAUUCUUCUGAAGAUAGAGAAAGAAAGUGAGAGAGAUUUUUACUUUUUUACUUCAGCGUACUGAACUCGCGAGUAUUAUAUUUUUUCGAUACUCAUACUUGACGUUUCUCUUAUAAAUCGUUCAGAAAAAGCCCAAGAAGAAAACAAAUACCAAAAGGUUUAUUGUAAAAACAGAAAAAAUACAGUAUAUAUGCAUAAACAAUUAUUAAAAAUAUAAGUGUACAUACAAAAUAGCGCUACGAGAACGUUUUAUGUAAUCUCAAAAUCUAGUGUUUUUGUUUUCGUUUUUUUAAGUUGUUUUUUGCCUUUGAUUCAAUAAAUAUGUGUAUGACGUAA